CACUACUUUUGCUUCAAUCUUGGAUUCUUUUAAUAAUAUAUUAUUUAUUUGUUAUUAUGACCGGUGUCUUCAACAGUUAACAAGAGGCGAAACAAAACAGUGUUUUGGAACCUAGUAAAGUUUGCUUCUUCCUUUAUAUCUCUCUUUCUGACAAAAAACAAAGUUGUCUUUUUUUUUUCUCCCUUCCAUUAUAUUGGUUGAAUUAAGCUCAUUGUUACUAGGUGAUUAUUGUUAUUAUUAUUUUUAACUUCAUUGGAGAUCUUCUUCUUCUUCUUUGCUUGUGUUACUUUGUGUAUUGAAUUUAAGGUGGUUGAGCUUCCUUUCGUGGAUCCAUUUCUUUGAGUGUUCCAUAUAUAUAUUUUGGUUUCAUUUACACCAGGUUGACGGCUCCAGUUUUGAUGAAGGAUUAGGGUUCAUCUCUUUGCUGCUUUGAGGAUUGCUUGUGAAUUACGAAUCCGAUUGUUGGAGGCUUAUAUAGUGGGGAAUUUGUCCGCUCUCAAACUUGCAUCAACCAUGUCGAGACAGAAAAUAUGGUGAUCAGCCGUGCUCAUUGCUAAAGACAAUGGACGGCAUGCUUGUGACUGACCGGAAAGAUGAACAGGGGAAUGACGAUUCGUUGCAAAACGGGGAUUUAUCAGUAGGAGAGAAUGGAAUGAAUAAUUCCGAGUUGAAAUUGAAGAAGCUGGCAAGAAAGGUAAAUCCAUGGCAUGCCUUGAUGUUAAAUGUUAAAAGAUUACAAGGUCGGAAAAAUCUUAUAAAGGAUUUGUUGCAACGGAGUAUUUUCGACAUAAGUCAUAAGAUCCCAAGGCAUGUGGUUACUCUAGACGAGAGAUAUCUUCGUCGUUGCCUGGAAUUGAUUCAUAUCAAUGCGGCAAAAGCAGCUCGGUGCAACAUCUCAGUCAACUUGAGCUCUUUGAACAUGGGUGUUUUGUCUGAUGGAUUGAAUUCAACUAAAAUCCGGGAUGAAGAUACAUGUGAUUUCGACAGGUUUGUUUUUGACUGUCCAUUGGCAGUUGAGACUGGUAGUGUUGUCCUUGGUCCGGCUGAUCCAUGGGUUGUAGGUUCGAUAAUGGGCAGCAACAGUAUGGCAAAUAUAUUGAAGAGCCCAUUGUUACAGAAAUUGGGUGUAUCGAACGUUGAUUCGAGUUUAAUGGAUAUUAAAGGAUCAAAGAUAAGUUCUGAUUUCACAAACUCCCUUGGUGGUUUCAUGAAUUAUUCCUCGAAUAAGCUCGGAAGUGAAACACCUGUAUUGGAUACUCGUAAUGGAUCAGAAACAGUGCAGAAAAGGCUUGUUUCCGUGUCAAGUUCAAACUCAUCGUGCUCUGAUCAAUCCUUUUCUUCUAAUUCGACAACGAUUUCGCAGGGAAUGCUUCAAUGCACGUGGAAGGGUGGGAUUCUGUAUUUUGUUUUCUCCCUUGAUAAUCAGAGGGUGGUAUAUGUAGCCAAUUUGUUGAAGGACGGAUCGGCUCGGAAUAGAGGUCUGGGAUAUACAUACUUGUUCCGGUCUAGCAAGGGUGGUCAUAAGGAACAUGGGAUUAAUGAUAAUGACUUACAUCUUGUUGGUAAGAUGAAGGUAUCUACUUCUUUCACAAUUGGCCCCCUAGAUUCUAAAGUCAUGGAAACGGAGUUUGUUUUGUUUGAUGGUAAUCAAACUUUUAACCUGGAACCACAAACUUCAAGCCAUAACCACGGGAAGAAUAAGGGUAUAUCGAAAAAAGUGGCGGAAGUAUUCAAGAACACUCACUUAUCCAAACAGAGAACAAUAUCGAGAUACCGUCGGUCAAUUUCCUUAAUCGAAGAUUCUUCUUCAGAUCCCAUCAAUAAUUCCGAUGCACUAGACCGCUUGAAUCUGUUAGAUGAACAACUUCCACCAAAUUUUGAAUCCCUCGCUAUUAUCACAAGGGACCAUUUCCCCGAAAAUCCUCACUCGGAAGUUGGAGGUUGGGGCUUAAAGUUUCUCAAGAAAACAGGGGUUAAGCAAAAGAUUGACCCUUCAGAUUGCUAUACCGGUGAUUGCUCAACGAGUAUGGAUAUUAUAGUGCCAGCGGGUAUUCACGGUGGUCCGAGAAUCCAAAAUGGUGGCCCAUCGAGUCUUAUCGAAAGAUGGAGAUCCGGUGGACAUUGCGACUGUGGUGGCUGGGACUUGGGUUGUCCGGUGAAGGUACUUCAAGCCAGAUCAAGCAAAAAGGACGGCAUACCUCCAACCGAAAUAUUCGAGGCAUGCAAGUUAUUUGAUUUUUUCAUUCAGGGUUCCGAGCAUGGUUCUCCAACGUUGAGCAUAUCAAAUGUUCACGAUGGUCUGUAUUUCAUUCAUUUUCAACCAUCGCUCUCAGCUCUACAGUCCUUCUCGAUUGCAGUGGCGUACAUCCAUACCCGAAGCCCCACUCUCCGACCGAAAAAUGUACAGCGGUCCAAGUAACAGGAUCUAGAAUCGAAAUUCAUGUAGUUGUAACCGACCCCUUACUGUCCUAUAAUGGUGUGUAGAUCGAAAUUUAGGUAUUUUAUACAGGAAUUUGAGAUUGUUAAUUUUUCAUGCUUUGUUUUCAGAUUGUUAUGUAGGUUUUGAUUUUAUCAUUGAUUGGAAAUCUUAUCAUUGAUUUCUCAUAAACAAAAGAUAUUGUAUUUUUGUUCAUUUUGAUUGAAUCUAAAAGUUUUAGGUA